AGCAAUACCUUUUCAACGUCUUCGAGGUAAUAGUAUCAACUUUGGAGUCCAAGUUACAGCGAAUCGAGAAUUUAGAUAAGGCGGUGGAGCACUUGAUGAGAAGAGUAGAGGCUUUAGAUUCCCGCGUAAACGAUAACAUUGACAAAACAGAUGCGGUUAUUACUAAGCUUAGGACGUUAGAUUUGAAGCUUUUCAAUGCGUAUCCUAUCAUAUCCGCGGAAACUGCAACGAGAAUUACCGAAAGCAAGAGCGGAAGUAGCGCGGAAGAUGCCCCAUUUAUACGUGUGAUUCAUCACGAUCAAAACGAUCAAGCACCAGAAACUCUUGGCGAAAAAUUGAUUUCUCUGGAUCAGAAGGUUUCCGAUAUCGACCAUAAGCUUGUCAAUCUUAAGAAUCAGCUCGACAACAAUUUUUUGCAAGCCGAUGAUAUAAAUGCCGAGGCGAGCGAAAAGAAGCCUGUCAGUAUGAGCGUCAUCGAGAUCACCAAGGCUAUGAAUAACGAGGUGAUGAACCAUAUGACGCUCGAGAUUGGGAAUCUUAAGCAAGCGACAAGUAGUAUGGAUCGUAAGCUUCAGUUCCAUAUGAAUCUGAUGUCGGAUAAUCUCGGAGCGGUGUACAAUAUGAUUAGUGACGUGCACGGUGCCGUUGUCGAGAAAAAUUACGAGAACAAUCGGCAUAAUCGUCCUAAUGUAACAACGACCGAAGCCCCGACGAAACGCAACAAAGCCGAUCGUCUUACCGAACAAAUGUAUCCGAUACUUGUCGUUUCUGAGAAGAUGGAUCAAGUUUGGAACGCAGUGAUGGGGACCAAGAGUUCGGUGGACGAUUUGCUACCGAAAUCCGACGAAUUACUUACUCAGACCCAAAGGCAAGAGAGAGCGAUUAGCGAAAUUCAUGCCGAUCUGAAAUCGAAGACAAAUAAGAUCAUCGAGAAUCUGGAGGGUGUCGAAAGCCGCUUGAGGAAGCAAGAGGACGAUGUGGCCACUCUCGCGCAACGCCCGAUUCCAGCUGAAUUGCUACUGGACCCAACAAUCGACCGGCUCGUUGAAUAUGAUCCGAGCAGAUACAUCAGCGUAACCGAAGAUUUUGUAACGGAGAUGCCCACGUCUACGCUACCCACUGUCUCACCGCCGUUGUCAACCACAACAUCGAUAUCGUCCGUCGCUUCACCCUCGAACAAUCCUACUAGUUCCACGACACCCAUGACGGCACCAUCUUCGACUACCGCGAGACCAAAUAAUAGAAAUCGGGGAGUGAUAUUUCCGAGUGUUAAAAAUAAACCCAGUUUAGCAAAUUCCACUUUCACAAGCGACAUAUUAAUCAAUUACAAGGAUAUCAAGGGUUAUUCUUGCGUGGAUUUAUUAAACGGAGGAAUGCGAGACAGUGGGGUGUACUACCUACAAAUACGCGGCACGACAUAUUGGUUCCUUAAAGUCUAUUGUGAACAGGAAAUUGCUGACGGUGGCUGGACGGUUAUUCAAAGGAGGGAUGAUUUCGGAGAGCCAAGGGAGAACUUUAAUAGAGAUUGGGCAGAUUAUAAAAACGGUUUUGGAGAUCCCGCUAAAGAAUUUUGGCUAGGCAAUGAAAACAUAUAUAUGUUAACAAAUAAUGAAGAUUAUAUGCUCAGAGUUGAACUUGAGGACUUCGAAGGUAACAAAAGGUACGCACAGUAUUCGCACUUUAAGAUUUAUUCAGAGGGAGAGUACUAUAAAUUGGAGAUAGAUGGAUAUGAAGGAAAUGCAGGAGAUUCAUUGAACGAUCCUUGGUACGGAUCGAACAAUAGUCCGUUCUCCACAUACAACAGGGAUAAUGACAGAUCAUCCUUGAAUUGCGCUUCGAUGCUCAAGGGUGGUUGGUGGUGGAAAUCUUGUGGUCGUGGCUUAAAUGGUCUUUAUCUAAAUGAUCCACAAGAUCUUACUGCACGACAAGGUAUCGUAUGGUUCCGUUGGAGAGGUUGGGAUUAUACUUUAAAACAUGCACAGAUGAUGAUUAAACCAAAAGGACCAGCAACAACGACGACAACAACAACGGUAUAAACAUUGGAAAUGUAUAAAGUUUGAAACGUUAACUUAAUCGAAAUUUUUUACGAAGUUAUUAAAUAACAAAACCUUGCACAUAGUACUUAAAUUAUGUAUUGCAAACGCAUAAACACGCUAUUAAUAUGAAAAUUUAAAGCACUUUUUUUAAUUAUAUUUU